UCCGCCUCCUCCGGUAUUUAUGACUCAGCUCUGCAGUCAGCGCCCAAAAACAUUCCCGAAAUCAGCUCAGUCACACCCUUUCCAUAAACUCUCGUCUUCAUUUUUACUUGUUUACUGAAGUUUCUGCAGUCAAUCGCGGAGGAUUUAAAGAAGGAGAGAUUGUGUCCGAUUUACUUUCGCUUUGAACAAAGAACAGUCAGAAUGGUGAACUGCUGCGGUCUCGUGUCAGAGAAGAAUAUUCCAGUUCCUCUGAAGAACAUCGCAGUGGAUCUGCAGGUCCAGGAUCAUGUAGUUUCAGUCUCUUCCAGUCUGCAGUAUGUGAAUGAAGAAGAUUCUCCUCUGGAAGCCGUGUUUGUGUUCCCUCUGCCCGCUGAUGCUGCUGUCUGCCACUUCAGUGCCAAGAUCGGAGAGCAAGAGAUUGUGGCCGAGGUGCAAGACAGACAGAGCGCGAAGGAUCAGUAUGAUGAUGCUGUGAGUUCAGGUCAGCAGGCAUUUCUUUUGGAAGAGAGUGAAGAGAGUCAAAUACUGACUGACAGACAGACAGACAGACAGAGCGCGAAGGAUCAGUAUGAUGAUGCUGUGAGUUCAGGUCAGCAGGCGUUUCUUUUGGAAGAGAGUGAAGAGAGUUCUGAUGUUUUCAGACUGAGUGUCGGGUGUUUGUCACCGGGUCAGAACGCCACCAUCACCAUCAUCUAUGUGAUGGAGCUCGCUAUGCAGGCUGACCAUGCCCUGCGCUUCUGUCUGCCCGCUGUACUCAACCCACGAUACACACCAGCAGGUUCAGGUGGUGGAAUCGUUUCUGAGGUUUCAUCAGUAUCUGCCAUUCCGUACUCUCUCUCUCUCAGUGUCCAUGUGAGAUCUUCAAACCCAGUUUCCAAAAUCGAGUCCAAUUGCCGUCUGGAUCCCUUAGAGUUCCUGAACUCUGAUCACACUCAUGCAACGGUGAAUCUCAGUCUUGGUCACAUGUUUGAUAAAGAUGUUGAGCUGUUUGUGUACUACGAGAAUACCCAUCAGCCCACUGCAGUCGUGGAGGCAGGAGUGGCCACUGCACCGCCGGGUUCUUUGAUGGCCGAUCCAGUGCUCAUGAUCAGUUUGUACCCAGAGUUCCCUGAGGAAGUGAUGUCAUCAUUGGCAUCUCAAGGCGAGUUUAUUUUUGUGAUUGACAGGUCAGGCAGUAUGGACUGCAUGAUGCAUCAUGGGGAAGGGGCACAGGUGCGCAUAAAAAGUGCAAAGGACACACUGCUGUUACUGUUGAAGAGUCUGCCGAUGGGAUGCUACUUCAAUAUCUACGGAUUUGGCUCUCACUUUGAGUCCUUUUUCCCUCAGAGUGUUGUGUACAGUCAGGACACGAUGGAAGAGGCUGUGAAGAGAGUUCAGCAGAUGAGAGCAGACAUGGGUGGCACAGAGAUUUUACAGCCUCUGGAACACAUCUACAGUCAGCCCUGUUACCCCGAUCACCCCAGACAGUUGUUCAUCUUCACUGAUGGAGAAGUGUGCAACACUAAACAGGUGCUGGACCUGGUGAAAAGUAAUGUCUACUCUCACAGGUGUUUCUCAUUCGGGAUCGGUGAGGGUGCGAGUACCGCCCUCAUCUCAGGAAUGGCCAGAGAAGGUUCUGGUCACGCUCAGUUCAUCACAGGCACUGACCGUAUGCAACCCAAAGUGAUGCAGUCGCUCAGAUUUGCGCUGCAGCCUGCGGUCGAUAACAUCUCUGUGAACUGGACUCUUCCUGACGGCGUCACUGUCGACACACUGUCCCCACCCAUCUGUGUGCUCUUCCAGGGUCAAAGGGCAAUCAUUUACGCACAGCUGAAAGGACAGAGUUCUGGAAGCUGUGAGGGAGCAGUAAUGCUGAAAUACAACCUGAAAAAUCAACCAGUGACUAACCAGCUUAACUUCACCCUAAAGCCAACACAAGACACAGGAUUGGCCGUCCACCGGCUGGCGGUUCGCUCUGUGAUUGGCCGUCUGGAGCAGGAGGAACGAGCGGGAGGUGCAGAUGUGGAGGAGAUCAAGAGAAAGAUGGUGGAGCUCAGCAUUCAGGCAGGAGUGAGCUGCGUUCAUACGGCCUUCAUCGGCGUUAAUAAAAACAACAGACAGACUGUGACUGGACCGCUGCUGCAGAGGAGAGUCCCGACACAACGGCUCUUUGGGAUGUCUGCGAAGGGGUGUGUCCCUAUGAUGAUGAAGUGUGCCAAUAGGAGAAUGAUGCAACAUGCCCCUGUGAUGAUGUGCGACAUGGCGACUCCCAAAAUUGCAUAUUGUUCUGCAAAGCUAGGCGCUGCUGCCGCCCCACCGAUCGCUUUUUGCAGCGCGAUGGUUCAAUGUGAUGGUAUGUCACAGCUAGAAGAACCGGAACCCCAUCAGGACCCUUUGCUCCAGUUGAUCACUCUUCAGAAGGCUGCAGGUUUCUGGGAGCUUGAUGCCUCAUUGGCUCGUGUGAUUGGAAAGGCAGAAGAUCAGGUGACCAAUCAGAAACCAGAACAGGUGGAUGGGUCAGUUUGGGCCACAGUUCUGGCUCUGAUCUGGUUAAACGCAUUUAAAAAAGAUGAUCAGGUUGAAUGGCAGUUUAUGGCUAUGAAGGCAGUGUCAUGGAUUCACUUGCAGAAAGUGGGCACUCUCUCUCAGUGUGUGUGUGCUGGGAAUCUCCUGCUGGAUUGUCAAGUGUCUGAAGACAUGCUGGGAAUCUAAAUGCUCUUUCACAUCUCUCAAAUAAGCUUUCAAUGUUUUUCAUCAACAUUAACUACAUAUACUCAGUGCUUUUUUGCUGAUAUAGAGAAUCAGAAUUUAAAUGUAAUAACUGACAGAUUUAAUUAUCUUUGUAUCAGUGAUUAUUAAAACUGUCCUGAAUUCA